AAUAAAGGCCAGACAUAAAGCGUCACAAAUGUAUGUUAAUAAACACAAAUACGUGUCAUAAAGAGACAAUAAUGUGAUGCGUUUUACCUUGUUGUUUAAAUAUAAUAUUAAUCUUUUAUAACCUCAUGGGCAUGCAACAUGUCAUCGUUAAUAAAUACAUUUUUAAAAAGUGUUAUGCUUAAUUUGGCAAUAUUGUAGUUGCACUUUGAAUCCAAACCAACCCGUAACUCUAAUUGUAUUAAAGACGUAGGGUCUGUGCAUGAGUGCAUACUUGACAACUGCAUGCUUAGAUCCAAAUUAAAGCUGCGUGAUGGCCACAACAAGCAUCCGUUUGAGCAUUACGCAAUCAGUCAAGUGUAACAGCUUUCAUGGUUUGUGGUCUUUAUUUAUGAUCAGCAAGCAUUUGCUUCAGAGGGCUGAAAUACCAGAGACACACUCAGACAGCUGAGUUGACGGCCCUGUGACUGUGUCAGGACAGAUGGAUUUAAGCGCGGUGAAUACUCAAAGUACACGCGCACACACGCACGCACACACACGCACAUGACAGUCGACAUGAAAAGCCCUGUUUGGGCUAAGGGGGAGGCCGUACUCAUCACCUGGUUCCCCUUUUCCUAAUUUAGGCUCAUAACGACAUUACCCCGAAUAAACUUCGAGUCUGCAUGUCCAGAGCGGCUGCGCUGAAUGCGAGCAGCCUGGGGGAGGCGGGCUGGAAGCUGCUCGGGCGAGAGACGACAGGCUGGCUGAUCUUUAACUGAUUCAUUCUGAGUGGAGAUGACUGCAUUCCUCCGAUUUGAGAUAAGAGCGAGAGACUGAAAGGCAUAUUUAUGCGGAGGGGGGAGGAGGACGUCUUGCGUUGGAGGGGGAUGACAGAUUGAAAAUCUUCUAAAGGAACUUCAUGGAUGGCAUGAGACAUCUGAUAAAAUGAGCCAUUAUUAAUAAUUACAUAAUGCGAUGAAAAAAGAUUUUAUUGUUUGGCUGAAAUGAAAAUGAUUCAAUACAUGAGAUAAGGAACACAACAUAUGGUAAGGUCGUUUACGGUUGACCAUAAUUUAAUUUAUUAUACAAUUAAAAGAAAUAACUCUCAGGCUCUUUGUCAAAUCAGAACAAACAAGGCUGAUUGGAAAAUCCGAUUACACAAAGAAGACAUUGUCAGUCUGGUCUAGAGUAAUAAUAUAUCGUGUUGCAAACAAACCAAUGAUGGAAUUAUCUCCAAAUAAACUGAUAAUGUAAUCAAACCCUCUCCUCUUCCUGCUGGAGGACCCCCAUAGGACCACUGUCCUUGGAUUUAUCGACCAAUCCGCUCCUCGGAGGGGAAAAAAAUACGCGUACGGGCUGCAACGGGAGGAGCGCGCAUCGCGCAGGGUUGCGCACACAGAAGACGUAGCUGUGGGCGAGAGGAUGCAGUGAAGGAGCCUCCAGUUUCCACCAGCUUAUUUAACGGCCGCGGGCGCAGCUUUGACAUAAUAACGAGAACAAUGAGCGUGAUCCAGGCCGGGCACGACGGCGGCAGGGGCAGCCGCACCGACAACGGCGGCGGCUCCCCGAGGCUGCAGCACUGCGCUCAGCCUCCCAACAGCAGCGGCGGCCGGACCAAAGAUGCGAGAUACCAGCAGCAGCAGCAGCAGCAGCAGCUGCAGCAGCGGCAUCACGGUGGCUCCAUGCUGAAACAGCCGUCGCUCAACGAGCCAGCCGACGUCGUGCGACGGGCACUGGACUUCAAGUGCCAAGGCACCCAGUGCUACAAGGAUAAGAAGUACCGAGAGGCGAUCGGCAAGUACCACCGCUCUCUGCUGGAGAUCAAGGGGCUGUGCAGGGUGCUGGGGGACCCGGACACCGGCUCCAAGCCCCCGUCCCCCCUCCUGCCGACCAUCAGCAAGUCCUCGCUGACGGAUGAGCAGAAGGGAGCCAUGGAGAACACGGAGCUGGAGUGUUACAACAGCUUGGCCGCCUGCCUGCUGCAGAUGGAGCUGGUGAACUAUGAGCGAGUGAAGGAGUACUGUCUGAAGGUGCUUCACAAGGAGGGGAAGAACUUCAAGGCUCUGUACCGAUCCGGUGUGGCCUACUACCACCUAGGAGAAUUCCAGAAGGCCCUGUACUACCUGAAGGAGUCACACAAACAGGAACCGUCAGACACCAACGCCAUCCGCUACAUCCAGUUGACAGAGAUGAAGAUUCGCCGGAGCGUCCAAAGGGAAAAGAAAGAGGCGACAUAAACGCUGUCCGUCGGACGACUUCUCACCCGUUACUAACUUCAGCCCAACCGUGUGCCAACCAGACCGUACACACCACGAGUCACAGUCCAAAAUAUUUGUUUGCUUUUGCCUUGCACAACAUCCCGUUGCCAGUUAUGUGAUUGAACUUCAUUGUCGUGUGCCUGAAAGCACCUUUUGUUUAUUUUAUUCUUCUGUAUUUUUUUAGAAUCGCAUCCGAUGUGAGUGACUGUGAAUACAUCCCAGGCAUUUUUUUUUUACUCUUACAAAGUGAUGCACUGCCAGUCCUAACAUUGCACAUACGGGCCGACACUUGUGAUGGAGACGGGAUCAACAAGUUCCCCAGAGCGAGUCCAGCAUGUCUGCAGGCGAGUGGAACUGCACAUUAGCGCGUGCCCUCGCACAAGAUGUCUCUUGAAUGGCACGGAGUAAAUGAGUAACAACUACACCGACACGCUUUGAUUGAAAAAGUACAACAAAAGACACGUUUCUUUUACACUCUCGAUUAUAUCUGUCGUAAAGGUGCUUUCAUGACGUAGGUAUCGAACUCAGAACGCGGAGGCAAGAACAUCAAGAGCACGUGGGUGCUCGUUGCAGUGUGAACUCAAGAGACAUAUCACGACAUAUAAAUGGGCUACUUUCUAUGAAUCAUGAACAAAUAUAUUAGAGACAAGCUAUUUGUGUGUAUUGAUGCCAAAACAAAAGCACUUCAUUCACAGAAUUAUUGUAUCAACAAAUACUGUAUGUUUAUUGUAAAAUGUAUGCGUGUAAUAAAUGUGUGAAGUACUUUUCGUUGUUGUGAUGGAUUUCCCCUCGAUUUCCGGAUUUCCACUUUUCUUCUAUAUGUUCCCGAAAGGCGGCGUGUGUAAAUAAAUAAUUGAACCAAAAGUGAUUUAAAUUAUUUCAUAGCCGUUGACCGUGCCGCUGUGAGGGUUGAGUAAUAAGUUGAUUUUCAACGAAUAUUAUGCAAUGGAGCGUGGCGUCGCAUUGCAGAAGGAGAAGUGUUUCAUAACCCAAACAAAAGAUGGCAGCCAGUUUGGGAGAAGUUUGCCUUUGGUUUAAAAACGUCUCCACUGUAGCCUACGUUAGCUACCUGAAGAGGAAACAUAACAGAUUUAAAAACUCAUUCAGUAGUGAGAAGAGUCUUUGAGGAUUCUGCAGUAAGUCGAUCUUUCUGCUCCGCUUGGCUCCAUUAAUACAAUCUGACGCUAUCAUAAGAACAAACUAACUCCUGAGGUCAAGAUGCGGCUCGUUAGCUGCUAAU